GAUCCUUUCAUCAGCGCCUUUGCCUCGAGUCAUUUGGAGGUCCCUCGUUCAUGAGUAGACACGGUGGCUUGUGUCAUUAUAAAAGUUAUGCAGCUGUGUUAUGGAUCGUGUGACCCAAUGUAAUUGCUUCGUCUUGUGUAUAUAGUUAUGGUAUUUGACAUCACCGCAGUUUCUUGAGAUUCCAUCAUUCAAGUGCAGAACCAUCAUGGCAACAGGAAGGGAAGCAGAGGUGGACAGCAUUCAGAUGCAGCUAGGGACUGGUUCCAUCCAGAUUAUGACAUUUUUCAUAUUGGGUCUCAUCUACUCCCGGGGAGCUUGGCAUGUCUUUGGCAUCAUGUUUCUUGCUGCUGACCCAGGCCACGAGUGCAGCCUUCCAAUACAACUCUUCAAUGAUUCGGAUAGUUAUCUAGAUUCUUCCUACAAUGAAGUUGUGAACUCAAAACCUGGUGCAGACAUUGCUGGAUUAGACAGUACCAUUAUCAGUGAAUCUCUUGGGGCAACUCCAAACUUUGACAUGAUUUCUCCUACACUGUACUCAUUUCAAGGUGGUAUACCUGGUGUUUCAAGAAUAAACUGGACAUCUGACUCCUGUGGUUUGAAGUACAGCAACCAGAAUGGUACAACUGUAAUGUUGCCAGGUGAAUGUCCAUAUGGGUGGACAUAUGGCUCUGACUACGAAACAACGAUUUUGUCAGAGUGGAACCUUGUAUGUGACCGAAACUUUCUGGUGGAACUUUCUAUAACCAUCUUCAUGAUUGGGUCAACUAUCGGGGCAAUGACUAUCUCCCCUUUGGCAGAUCGAUUUGGGCGCAAGAAAGUGAUGAUGGCCUGUCUGUUAAGCCAGUUGGUGUUUGGAUGUGCCUUAGCUUUUGUUAACAGCUACAUUCUUUUUGCAGUUCUUCGUUUUGUUAUUGGCAUGUUGAACAAUGGCAUUGGUCUCACUUCAUAUGUGUUAAUGACAGAGACUUUCCCAACAUGUCACAGAACAACCAUGUCCAUAGCAUUCCAGGUAUUCUGGUCGCUGGGUAUCAUGACUGUUUCUGGCCUUGGCUUUCUGGUGCGAAACUGGCGCCACCUGGAACUGCUUUUAAGCCUACCUAGUGUGUUGUUGAUAGGCUUCUUCUGGCUUCUUCCUGAAUCAUUGCCCUGGCUGAUAUCUCAAAAACGCUGGAAGGAAGCUCGGCAAAUGAUUCAGUUAAUUGCCAAGAGAAACAAAAAGAUUGUGAGUGCAGACGUUCUGAUACCAGUUGAGUGUGAGAGUGACAAUUCCUCAACUGAAGCAGUUCCAAUGCAGCGCUCAGAUGCUAUAGACAGAGAAGGUGAUGAACACUUGAGUUCAGGGGAAAGGGAUGAAGAGCUUAAGAUCAAGAGUGAUUGCAGACAUCAAGAUAAUCCUUUAAUUUGUUUGGAUUCUCAGUCAGGUGUUGGAUUUGCAGUCAAAGAGCAUUCGUGUUCCAUCCUGGAUCUCUUUCGCAACAGCAGACUGAGACGUUACUCUUUAAUUAUGUUUUUCCUCUUUCUUGUCAACAGCCUAGGUUACUUCGGCAUCUCUUUUAGUGUCCCUGUACUUCAUGGUGACCCAUUUGUGAACUUGUGCAUCAUGGGUGCUGUCGAAAUUCCUGCGAACAUCAUCGGUAUUGUUGCAGGUCAAAGAGUUGGACGAAGGAUCCCCAAUGCUGGGUUUCUUCUCUUGUGUGGGAUCGCUAACAUUGUUGCUCUCUUUGUGCCCCCUGAAAAAGGACUAUUAAAGCUGGGAUUUGUCAUGCUUGGCAAGUUUGGCAUUACAGCUGCCUACUCUACGAUAUACCUGUAUUCAGCAGAAAUAUUCCCAACAGCGAUCAGGAACCAUGCAAUGGGAAUUUCAUCUGUUUUUGAAAACAUUGGAAGCAUAUCUGCACCUUUGAUUGUGCAUGGAGCAAAAUCCAUUCCCCAGCUGCCUCUGGUCCUGUUUGGAGUGCUGACAAUUAUUGGUGGAGGUUUGUCUCUACUUCUGCCAGAGACAUACAGCAAGCCUCUGCCCCAGACUGUUCAUGACAUCACUUCAGAGAAAUAAUAUUGGGAGGAAACUUUUUUACAUGACGAAGGUGAAAUGUGUAAUUUAGGAUAUCCUAGUGACAUGGUGGAGUAAGAUGUGUUCCAGGUCAGUGAGUCUGCCAGCAAAAUAGGCAAGUGGUUGUCUAACAUGAAGCAAAUUUGUAUGUGGAGGCAUCUAAUCUCACUUCCAAAGGGCCUUUUUGACCAGGUACAAGUUGAACAUCACCAGGCUUGGUAAUUUAUAUCCAUACAGCAUGUACAUUUACCAAGCAUACUCACCUGUCCAGUUCCUUUGGGCAUUAUGUUGCUUUACUGUAACACUCCUGUGAUAAUAUCUUUAGGACAUGUCCAUUAUCUUUCACAAGCAUGGUUCUUGCUGCUAUUAAUCUUAUUAUAUAAAAAUUAUUACAGAAGUAUUUCGAUAUAAAGUUAUGCAUUUUGUAUCACAUAUGCAGCUUUGAUUCUAAUUCAUCAAUGCAUAUUGAUGGUUUAAGUCAUGGGUGGGCAAUUAAUUUUCCCAAGGAGCCGCAUGAGAAAUUGGGAUGGUUUUAGAGGGCCGGACUAAUAGAGUUAACUCAGUUUUACCCAAUACUGUACAUAUAGUAUACAUACUGGCGGGCCGGUCCGGCCUUUGCCCAGGUCUGGUUUAAGUGGAAUCAGAUUACUUCAUCUCAGUGUUAAUGUGGAAAGUUUGAGGGUAUUUUUUUUUUCCGGAAAACCUUUGUGGUGGUGCAGCUGUGCCAACAGUUUACUCUUUGCUCUGUCACCUUUGAUUAAACUUUGAGAAAUGUCAUCUUCAGCUCACAGGUCCAUAAUAAUAAAUGCAAAGUUUGUAAAGCACAUAUACUCCUAAGGAGCAUGCUUUGAGACCUAAGAACAAGAAUGAGAAAUUACCAGCAUAUGAGGGUCAGGAAAACAAACAAAUAACACAUGAUCUAAGAAAGAAUAAACAGCAAUACUAAUGAUUAAUAAAAUACACUAAAAAUGCAAGAAGACCCAAAUAAUAAUUGAAAAGAUCAUGAUAAAGAAGGGCAGGGAAGGGUGUGAAAAGGGACGAGCAUGGUGGGAAAGGGUGUUUGGAGUAAUAUUAAUGGAAGAGGUGAAUAUUAAACAGUGGGUAGGUGGCAGAUAUGGAAAGGGAGAAAGUUCUAUUGAUUCGUUGCACAAUAACUAAAAAUCCUUUGGCCAUAAACUAAACUGUCUAAGGAAAGAAAGAAAAUGUAAGAAUAUAAAUACUUUAGGCGUUAAAAGUUUGAAACUAUUGGAUUCAAGAAAUAUGGGCUUACAAUUUAUUGUUGAAAUAUGUACAUAUUUUAUAUUUUUUAUUGCUAACUUGGUUUAUUUCUACUGCUGUUUCAUAUAGUAUACUCUAAAAUAUCUAUUGAUGCAACUACUGGUGAUAACAUUGAGUGAACUGCAGAGACGCAUUGUAAUGAAAUGUGAAACAGUUGGAUUUUUGUGCUGGAAAUGAGAAUCUGAAGCCAGUAACUGACGAGAAGAAUUGAAUAGUUUACUCAUUUGUUACAGCAAGAAAAAAAAGGUAAAUAUUUACAAGUGGUUUUUAUGGAGGUGCAUGUUUAAUGCCAGGAUAAAUGUGUUUAUUAACUGGAUUGACAGCCUACAACCAGGUAAAUAAAGCAGCAUAACUUUACAA